AUGACUGAUAAGGAUAGUGCUAUAGCUGAUUUUGUCAAUAUUAAUCGUCGUUUAUGGAAUGAUAAAGUUAAUUAUCAUGUUGUAUCACCAAUGUACAAUGUUGCUGGUUUUCUUGAUGGUGCUGAUUCAUUAAAUAAAAUUGAAAUUGAUUUAUUAGGUGACUUACAAGGUAAACGUAUUCUUCAUUUGCAAUGUCAUUUUGGACUUGAUUCAAUUUCACUUGUUCGACAUGGUGCACAACAUGUUACUGGAGUUGAUUUAUCUAAUCGAGCUAUUGAUAAAGCUCGAGAAUUAGCUGAAACUCUCAAUCUUACAACAUCAAUAAGAUUUAUCUGUUGUAAUAUCUAUGAUUUACAAGAACAUUUAUCAUGUGAACAAGAUGAAUUAUUUGAUAUUGUUUUUACUUCAUAUGGUGUUGUUGGUUGGUUACCUGAUAUUAAUAAAUGGGCAUCUUUAAUUUCUCAAUAUUUGAAACCAAAUGGUAUUUUUAUUAUAGCAGAAUUUCAUCCUGUUUUAUGGAUGUUUGAUGAAAUGUUUACACAUAUUGAAGAAUCAUAUUUUAAUCAGAGAACGAUUGUUUGUCAAUGUAAUGGUACUUAUGCUAAUCGUAAUGCUCCAAUAUCAAAUUUAAGUGUUGAAUGGAAUCAUAGUCUUAGUGAAAUUAUUCAAGCACUUAUUAAUCAUAAUCUUCGAAUUAAUGUUCUACAAGAAUUUGAUUAUUCAUCAUAUGAUUGUUUUCUAAAUAGUGUUAAGACAGACGAUGGAUUUUAUCAAAUAAAAGGUUUAGAAAAGAAAAUACCUAUGACAUUUGCUAUCAAAGCAACGAAAACUGUUUAA